AUGAGCAACAAGACCAGGAUUAUCUACUUCGACCAGAUCCUAGUAAAUGUGGGCAAUUUUUUCACGUUGGAGUCUGUCUUUGUAGCACCAAGAAAAGGAAUUUACAGUUUCAGUUUUCAUGUAAUUAAAGUCUAUCAAAGUCAAACAAUCCAGGUUAAUUUGAUGCUAAAUGGAAAACCCGUCAUUUCUGCUUUUGCUGGGGACAAAGAUGUUACUCGUGAAGCUGCUACUAAUGGAGUCCUGCUCUAUCUAGACAAGGAGGAUAAGGUUUACCUGAAACUAGAGAAAGGUGUGGAUCAAUCAUUGCCUUUGUUACAUGAAGAUCAUUUUAUCAUCAUUGGAUUGAUGUUUCUUUAUUGGUUUCUCAUGGGUGAAUAUGGAUUCUAUUUAUGGAUUUUGGCCCUAUCUGAACUACUCCGAAGUUUCAAAGAAUUUUGUGUGUUGAAAUACAGUAUAUUUGGAUUGAGACUUAAAGCAGACAAUAAGUAUCUAUGCUUAAUGUUACAGUCUAAAGCUGCCUGCAAGAUUUAUUCGGUUUUCAUUUAAUGGACUUAUUGGAUUCAUGGGAGAAGUGGAUUUUCCUUUGUUUUAAAAAGACUG